AUGCUAGACCGCAUGUGGCGACUGGAAGAGGCAAUGGUCGACGCGGUGCGGUCACGCGACGAGGCGCUGGAGCGCAUGGCGUCGAUGAUGACGCGUGACGAGUACGAAGCUACCGUCGGCGAGCUCGACGCCGCCAAAAUGAGCAUCGCUGACCUCGAGGCACAGCUGCGGUACGCACAUGAGACGAAUGUGAAGCAACAGCAGGAACUGGACCGCUGCACGCAGACGGACGCCGAACGAGAGCAGCGGCGCGUGGCGGAGGCGGCACUGGCGGCGGAACAGAUCGCGCAGAAGGACCUCCUCAUUGCGGGGCACGUGAAGCAGAACUACCAGCUGCAGCGGCGCUACGAGNGGCGGCGGAACAGAUCGCGCAGAAGGACCUCCUCAUUGCGGGGCACGUGA